AACUUUCACUCGGAAUAGCACAAACUAUAAUGCACCCUCUCUUUUCACAAACUAUAUACUUUCCCACAGAAAACUGUAUUUAGAGUUGAUUGCAUGCGUGCAUGUUUGGGAAUUUUUAUUUUUUUUCUUCAUUUGACUGCUUAGCACCAAAUCAACUUUUAGGAUGUGGUUGCUGAUAAUAUUGGUGAGCUUCCUGAUUAUGGCUGCAAGAUCAUACUGGUAUCUGUUCGGAAGACCAAGUCCAUUUACAUUGGAGUCAGUGAGACCACCGGGACCUUAUGAGAAAGACCAGAAGGAAAGAGACAAAGUGUUGAAACAAGGAUUCACCAGGGAGAAAAUUCCCAAAAAUCUGGAUGCCAUUGUUAUAGGAAGUGGCAUUGGAGGAAUGACGGCCGCAGCCACAAUGGCAAAAGUAGGGAAGAGAGUCCUGGUGUUGGAGCAACAUGAUGUGGCAGGAGGCUGUUGCCACACUUUCACCAAACAGGGUUUUGAGUUCGAUGUUGGACUUCACUACAUUGGACAGCUACACGAGAACAGUCUGUUUAAGGUUGCUAUGGACCAAAUCACUGAGGGUCAGCUGGAGUUUGUGGAGAUAGAUCAGCGUUUUGACCAUCUUGUGAUUGGUGCUGGAGAGGAACGGAGAGAUUACAGCAUUUACACAGGCAAGACUGAGAUGGAGCAACACCUGAAGAAGCAGUUCCCUGAGGAUGUCAAAGCUGUGGAGAAGUUUUUUAAGCUAAUGAAGAUUGCAGCCAGCAGGACUCCAUUAUUAGCUAUCCUGAAGCUGAUCCCAAGGUGGUUAGCCCUGUUUCUGCUCAAGACUGGCAUGGCUGACUUUUGUUCAUCUGUGUUUCGUCUCUCAGGCACCAGUGCCACAGAGAUGAACUACAGACUGACAAGCAACAAGGAUUUGCACUUGAUCUUCUCUUAUUUCUUCUAUGGUGUUCCUCCCAAAGAUUCUAGCUGUAUGAUUAAUGCUCUGCUGCUCCAUCACUACAAGCGUGGUGCAUACUACCCCAAAGGGGGCGCCAGUGAGAUUCCAUUUCACAUCACAAAAGUCAUACAGAAAUAUGGAGGAAAUGUGCUUGUCCGUGCCCCUGUCAGUCGUAUUCUGGUUGAUGAGAAGGGAUCUGCAUAUGGGGUAGCAGUCAGGAAAGGUGGUGAUGAGGUGGAGGUUUGGGCUCCUGUUGUUAUCUCCAACUGUGGAAUCUACACCACCUUCCAGAAGCUCUUACCUCCAGAGAUACAAGCCAAGCCAGAGAUUCAGAAUCGUUUGGAUAUAAAGCCAGGGAAAGCAUCAUUUCUUCUAUUCUCAGGAUUCGAUGCAACCCAAGAAGAACUAGGCAUCACAUCCACGAAUUUGUGGCUUUUCAAAUCCAAUGACAUGGAUGCAAUGAUGGAUGAGUUCUUCAGUAUGGGUAAAGAGGAGGCACCAGAAAAUAUACCCAUGAUGUUGAUCACCUUUCCCUCUGCCAAAGACCCCACAUCACAAAUCCGACAUCCAGGCAAAUCAUGUAUGACCAUCCUGACCAUGGUGAAUUAUGAAUGGUUUGAGGAGUGGAAGGAUACAAAAGUGAGGAAAAGAGGGGAUGACUAUUACACCUAUAAAAUGAGAUAUGCCAACUACCUCUUUGACUGGGCCUGUAAACACUUCCCAAAACUCAGAGAAAAGCUUGUUUUUCAGGAGGCAGCAUCUCCUUUGACAACUGUGCACUAUCUCGGCUCUAUGCGAGGAGCCAUUUAUUCAGCUGAUCACAACUUGGAACGCUUUAACGCAGAGACCAUUGCUAAGAAUCGCUGUGAUAGCUCUGUAAAAAACCUUUACAUUUCAGGUCAGGAUGUGUUUAGCUGUGGUAUUGCUGGUGCAAUGCACGGUGGACUACUUUGUGCCUCUUCAGUGCUAAAUCGAAUAGUAUAUAUUGACCUCUUUCUGGUCAAGAAAAAACUGAAGAGGAAGAAGGCUAUGGAGAUGGCCAGACUGAGCAAACCAAAGCUGCACUGAUGCAACUGUGCCGACUCUGCAAGAUGAAUGGACAGCUACUCAUUGAAUUUCAAUACAUUAUUGCAAUGUUAACCAGAUAAUAAUAUUCUACAAACUCAGAACAAAAUGUCAAAAUAUGUACCCCAGCUGUUACUGGGGUGAUACCCUUUAAAAAAAGAGUUGUACUUAAAGAUC